AUGGUUGGCGCAUGGGCAGGGCACCGCCGCCUUCAACUACGACAGAACGGCAACAAUAAUCGUAAUGGCCAAAAUAACAAGCCCGAUACCAGCGCGUUCAACAUUGUCAAUGGACGAGUGUUCACACCUGGACUGGGAAUAAUACUAGCGCCUCAGCCUUUUACUCCCAUGGGCGGCGACUUCCUUCACAUUGCGCUCGACAUCUCCGGCGAUGGCAAGUUGCCUGUGCCCCCGCGCCCGAUCGAUGACCCCCUAACACAAGUCUUCAACUUUACCCUCUUCCUCACCAGCAACACCAUGCAGAAGAACUUCACAAUCUCAAAUAUAACCACACCCACGCCACCUUUGGCAAAUAUCAUGAGUCAAGAAAUGGGCCAGACGGUGAAGCACAUCAACUUUGAAUGGCCGGACUGCUUGGUUGGCGAUGGGAAUAAUGUGCAGGGCACAGCGAGAGGAGAGUACAAUAUCAGUAUCCAUCAAAACUAUCGACUCAACGGGAACGAUCGGUACACAAUUUUCAACUUACCGAUCUCCGUUACGAACAGCAUCUCUCAGUUCCCAGGCGCUGGUCAGUUAUCAACAAAACCUAUCCCGGGGCCGCUAAGUGCGAAUGGCGGAAGAAUGAGCUGUACGAAUAUCGAGAACCCAAUGAUGGAUUUUCAGACGUUAGUGAACAGCGUGAACAAUCCACCAGGCCAGCCCAUGCAGGAUAUCGCGCUUCAGACGACGGCGAGGAGAGAUGGAGGGCAAGUGGGUGGGCCAGGGAAUAACAAUGGGCGAGGAGCUGGCACGGGUGGGCAGGGAAGCACGGAUGGACAAGGCGCGAUAGGAGGAGCGUCCAAGAUGACAGGAGGGUCGCUCUCGAUUGUAAUGCUUAUGAUGAUGGGCUGGGUAGUAGUGCUGUGCACGUCUAUCAGUUGGUAA